AUGGCCCUUGUUCGUGAUCCCUACUUUUGGAAACGCUUCUCGACAGCCGUUCACUUAUCCGAAAAUGCAAAACAUGGAGCUGGCGGCCUAGAGAGUCCCACCAGUGAAAAGCUAAUGACCCGCAGAAAACCACAAUCAUGGCUAGAACGUGAGCGUAGAAAGAGUAGAAGGUCCCUGAUCUGGGGAUUCAUCAUCUUCUUUACCAUCGUUCUUCUCGUCACUGGUGGCGGUAUCGUAUGGUGGCUCAGCAAGCACAACUGGCUGCAGAGCAUUGAGCCUUGA